GUACUUUUUAGGCAACUACUUAUUUUGAGAUUGAUAUUGCUGCCUCUCUGCCAUUGUUCGGAACCUUUUUCAAGUACAUGAUAAAGGAUGCAUCUACACAGAUGUAAGAGGAAGUGAGUAAUGCAUGCCAUGGAUGAGAUCGCCCUUGUUACGACAGAGGGAGUUUCGGCAAAUCGAGUGGAUGACCCUGCGCAUGUGGUCACUGCCCGUCCGGAUUCGAAAAAGGCUAAAUUAGCCAAAAAAUAUCAGAAAACGCCUUUAGCCUUUUACCAGGCUCUAGCCUUAGGAGCACUUUUGCUUAUACUUAUACUCGUCUGCGUUGCUGUUGAAACAUGGAGGAAUACUAGUCGAAUCAAUGAUAGUACGAAACCACAUUCAAAAGAGGAUGAAGCAUAUCAUCUUCUGAUAGUUGAACAAGUUAACAGCCAGAACAAUGCCACUUGGAAGGCAAGAUACAACAAAUUCGCUUCACGCGCCGAAGAGGCGUCGGCAACGGGUGGUGACACGGAUACCGCCAGAUUGAUCAUGAAGGAGUUUUUCAAUGUCGACGAUAGCCAGCUUCUUCAGGACACUGUAACACAUGUCGACGAUCUGAAGAAAGUGCACAAGGCUAUCCCAAAGACAUUCGAUGUUCGACGAGCUUGGCCUCAGUGCUGGGCUGUGCAUCAGAUAUUCAAUCAAGCCGGUUGUGGUUCAUGCUGGUCUGUCGCCGCCACUUCAGUGAUGUCGGAUCGGGUAUGUAUUAGCUCAAAUGGUACAGUCCAAACACAAAUCAGCGCUUUGGACCUUACCUCAUGUUGUUUGUCUUGUGGAGGAUGUCAAGGGACACACUGGGCCUUGUCCGCCUUCACUUAUUGGAAAGAGCAUGGUAUUGUUUCAGGUGGCGCCUUCGGCUCACACGAGGGCUGUCGACCUUAUACAUUUGAGCCCAGCUGUGGAGCGCCUUGCGGAUCAUCCUUGUACCGAAAGGAACGUACUCCGCGAUGCGAGCGACAAUGUCAAAGUCUUUUUCAUAGGGCUUACGAUCAGGAUUUGGUACGAGGUUAG